UUACAAAAUAGCAAAUUAAAGUGUGUUAACACGUUAGAUUCCUGAAUAUCGUUGUUUCUGUCUUAUUAUUUAUCAUAUUUGUCAGUAAAAAUUACAAUUUCUAUCAAUUAAUUUACAGCACCAAUUUAAUUCACCUGUUAAGUCUGUAUCCCGUACAUAUCUGUUAAAUAAUUUGUCCGUUUAAAAUACUAAUCUAGACCUCUGGUACGGCGUCCCAUCAACCAUGUCUGCGCACGACCAAAUGAGAGCCAUGUUGGACCAGCUCAUGGGCACUGGCAGGAACGGGGAAACAAGUAGAUACCAAGUGCAGUUCAAUGAUCCAAAAGUCUGUAAAAGUUUCUUAUUGUAUUGCUGUCCUCAUGACAUAUUGGCAUCUACCGAAUAGUCAAAAACGAAUUGAGUUUUGAUUCGUUUCAAGACAAUGAUACAAAGAUGGGGAAGAUGCUCGCCAUCAAUGCUUCAAUGUCGGUGAGCAAAUUGUAAAUGGUCGUCUGUCUGUAAGUCAAACAAUUUUGAGACAACGACAGAGCUAUCUGUUACAAUACAUUAAUUAUAUUUUGUUGCUUAAUGUUAUGUUAUAUUAUUUAUAUUUAUUUAACACAAUUCAUUCAGGCCAUGUAUCUUCUUAGAGUGAGCAAGUGUAAGUUUUGAGGUUAAGUACUCGAUACGUAAGUCACUAUAUAAUGCUAUUUUCCCUAUAUUGUGUAUAUUUUCAUGUUUCCAGGUCAACCUAUUCCAUGUAAAUCCUUAAUUUCCAUAUUAAUUUAUUUGACGUGUUGUAUUAUUGAACUUUUAUAUUAUUUCAGCGCAUGGACAUUGGUGAGUGUCCAAAAAUACAUGAUAAUGCAUUAAGAGCGGAUUUUGAAAAAGCUCAACAAAAGUUUGAUCACUAUUAUGAUGUAGAUGCUACUGAGCAUUUACAAGCAUUUAUUAGUGAUUGUGACAGAAGAACUGAAGCCGCUCGAAAACGACUAUUGGAAACUCAGGAAGAGCUUACUGCUGAAGUAGCCGAAAAAGCCAAUGCUGUUCAUGAGUUAGCUGAGAAAAUAGGACAAACAUUGGCCAAAGCUGAAGAAUUGGGUGCCCAAGGUUUAGUGGAUGAAAGUCUCAAGUUGAUGGGAGAAAUUGAAGAUUUACGUAAAAAAAAAUCAGAAGCAGAAGAUACUUACAGAAAUUCAAUGCCUGUAAGCAGUUAUCAACAGCAAAAAUUAAGGGUGUGUGAUGUAUGUUCAGCUUAUUUAGGUAUUCAUGAUAAUGAUCGAAGAUUAGCUGAUCAUUUUGGAGGAAAAUUACAUUUAGGAUUUAUCAAAAUAAGAGAAAAACUAUCAGAACUUGAAAAAAAUUAUGAAGAAAGACAUGAAGCUCGGCGUAAAUUUGAUGAACAAGAACGUUAUAAGAGAGAUGAUAAAAGAAGUCAUCGGUCUAGAAGUGGAGAUCGAAAUGAACGACACCGGCGAUCUAGCAGGUCCCGUAGUCGUCACAGUAGACAUCGUUCACGUAGUCGUAGUCGGAGUCGAACCCACAAACAUGAUAGAAGAGAUCGAGAUAGACGUCGUCACUAAUAAUAAAUUAUUUCAUUUCAAUGACACAUAAAUCUUUUUUAUAUAACAUUAAUUUGGACAUAUUUAUAAUUUUAAUAAUAAGAUGAAUAAAAACCAGUUAAAUUUACUAAUA